AUGAAGAGAAGUGAGAAACCAGAAGGUUAUAGACAAAUGAGGCCUAAAACUUUUCCUGCCAGUAAUUACACUGGUAGCAGCCGGCAAAUGUUGCAAGAAAUACGAGAAAGCCUUAGAAAUUUGCCUAAGCCCUCUGAAGCUGCAAAAGUUGAGCAAAAUGUGGGUAAAAUACCAACUGAUGAUCCGAGACAGGGUCGAAAUCCCCCUAAAUUUGUGACCUACCAUAAAGCAUUACAAGAAAUUCGGAAUUCUCUGCUUCCCUUUGCAAAUGAAACAAGUUCUUCAACAAGAGGAACAUCAGAAGUUAAUCGGCAGAUGUUACAAGAUCUACAAGCUGCUGGAUUUGAUGAGGUAAAAUAACAAAUUUAAGUGGUUACUUAUAUUAAUGAUAGUGCAAAAGCCAUAUGAAAUCAUUGUGAAUGUUUUGCUUGUAAUUUGUUGCUGGUAAUAUUUUGCUGCUUCCUAUGCACAUUCCUAGUAUAAGCUUAAUGUUCCUGUCUAGAAUUCAGUCCAAAAUACAGUGUAUAACUUUGGCUUUCUAGUUAGUUCUAUUGGUUUUCAAAAGGAUUUGUUUUUCUUUAUUGAUUGUGGUUCAGGUUUUUUCCACAAGCAUUUCAGAUUGCUAGCAACCUCUUAUUUGAUUAAAGUUAAUACCGUAAGUAAUGUUAAUGAGAUGAUUAUUUUAUACACUGUUGCUCUUUUUGUGUUUUCUAUUUCUUGUAUUUUAUUAUUUUUGGGAUUUCAUUAGUGCAUAAAAUUCAAGUGCUUUAGAUGUUGCAACAAAUCAGCCCAAGUACCCAACUCUUUCAGUGUAACUUGUAUACUUUUAAGAUGCAUCUUGUUUUUGAGGCUGCAUUCCUAACAUGCUUACCAGAGGAAGUCCCUUUCCCAUAUUUCUCUCUUCUCUGGAGUCUGUCAAUCAUCUCCUUUAGAUCAUUUUCUCUUUAUCUCUUUCCUCACAAUCCUGUUAUUUUGUUUUAUGCUGAACCUGCAGCUUCACUUCUAUAUUUAUUUCCAUUUCUGAUAACUCUGCUUGAGUUUUUGCUAUUUCUGGCUAGAUGUGUUUCCAUUCGCUUUCUCUUAAAGUUUCCCAAACUGGGCUAUUGGUCUUUUCUACUUCUCUACGUACACUAUAUUUAUUUUCUUUUACUUUGCAUCAUUCUUCUCUUUUAUGUUAAAGUUGUUUUUGAUUCCUCUCUUUAUUCAAGCUGUUUCAAAAAAAUUGUUCAAACAUUAAUAUAACUAAUGUAUUUUUUGUUGUCUUCUUCCACUGCCAAGGCACUGGUGUAGUAUUAAUUAUUAAUUUAUAGCUUUAUACCUUUCCUCUUCUCAGCUUCCUCUGGUCUCUUCCAUCCUUUUAACUCUGCUGCUAAUUUAGUUCAUUUUGGCCACUGUAUUUGUUGUUGUUUCAAUUACCUUCAUUGGGUUCCUUAUCAGAGACAGUUUAACCUGUCACUUCCUUUUCUUAAACCUCUUCUUUAUGGACACCAUCUUAUCUAUCUUUUAUUUGUCUUCUCAUAGUCUUCACCUCUUGCUUUACUUCUUCUCACACCCAGUGCUUUUUUGUUGCCACUGGUGAAAGGAAUAUGUAAUGAGCUAGGGAGUAGGAAUUUCAAGGGAAAGUGGCAAGAUAUCCCCUUGCAGCUAUUUCUGCUGCCUGCAACAUACAUCACUGAAUUGAGAAACUUACUGCAUGAUGUAAGGGAGAGUUUUCCCUCUGUUUUCUUUCCCACUCCCUUGCAGCUGGGAAGCAUCCCUUUGUCUGGGUGGCAGGAAUGGAUUUGGUGGAUAAAUAUAUCCUCAGUUGGGUUGCUGCUCCUGUUUAUUCCAGAAAGUGGAGCUAUUGAAAUCAGGCACAACUACCCUCUAAAGGAGAGCACCUUCCCUCAGUCUUCUGACGCUUCAGGAGACAGCUCAGACAUUAGCUCUUUACCUUUCCCCCUUCACUCUCUUUUUUUGUCUGCCUUGAGUUUUUCUUUAAGACCGCUCUCUUAUGUAUUCUAAAGAGAGAGAAAGAAGCAGCUCAGUGUGCUUUUGAUCCCACCCUGCCAUCAGUCUAAUCCCCACACUCACUCUUUCCUCCUAAUCCCGCAUCACACUUUCUCCCACACUGCUAAUCCUCAACCUUAAAACACAUUGUACCAGGAAGAAUAAAUGUUAAAUUCUAAUAGAGCUCGGGGAAAGUUUGCCUCAAGUUUAAUAGCUAAUUGUACAACACUAUGCACUAAGAAGCCUAAGGCUACAAUCCUGUACCUGCUUAUUGAAAGUAAGCCAAAUUGAAUUUAAUGGAACUUACUUCUGAAUAGGAUAGUAUUGCAUUUUCAACUUCACAGUGUUAUCAGUAUUGGAGUUAGAUAAAAUGUCAUUUAAAAGUCUUAAGCAGUGACAAAAAAAGAAGCACCAAGCUACAGAGAGAGAUAGAAAUAUAGCAAGGCACUUCUGUGCAUAAGAAAAAGGACAGAUUGCGAAGGAUGCAUCAGCCUUUGCAAGAGAGUUGAUAAUAACUUAAACUGUAAGUUCAAUCAUAUACUGUACAGAAGUGGACUCAUUGUGUCCAUUGGGGCUUACUCCCAGAAAAGGAUUGCAGUCUUAGAAUUCUUACAAUAUAUUGAAUUUUUAUUUAGUCUUUGAGCGUUCAAUUAUAUUCUCCAUGGAAAAGUAUAUAAGAAGCCCUGCCAUCUGGAACGUGUAAUUUGGAGGGAGAGACCAGCAGGAGAGGGUUGAUACAUCCUUUCCCAACUGCCCACAUGAUUUGCAUAAUUAGCAAAUACUUUGCAUAGUAUGCAAAUUAGGCCACAUUUGGGGAACUGAAAUCUAGAUCUUAAUCUAGUCGUCAUCAUCAUGAUGCAUUAAAGGUUUGAAUGUGUUCCUUCCACCCUUUUUUGUUGUGAGUUAUUGGAGGUUUUAUUUUAAACCCUUUCUCCUCCCAUUCCCCAAAUAGGAUAUGGUUGUACAAGCUCUAAGACAAACCAACAGCCGCAGUAUAGAAGCAGCAAUUGAAUUCAUAAGUAAAAUGAGCUACCAAGAUUCUCGGCGAGAACAAAUGGCAGCGGCAGCAGCUAGACCUGUUAACGCUGGCACAAAACCACCAGGUAGGUGUAAAGAAAAAAGGUAAAGUACCGCUGGAUGGUUAAGUGCAGUCAAAGGUGACUAUGGGGUGCGGCGCUCAUCUUGCUUCAGGCCAAGGGAGCCGGCGUUUGUCCACAGACAGCUUUCUGGAUAAUGUGGCUAGCAUGACUAAACCAUUUCUAAUAUAUGGCCUUGGAAACAAGAAAUGAAAUUGGCCACUUCUGCCAUGAUUGGAAAUCUUGUGGCAGAGGACAGAGAGAUAAGCUUUGGAAGUUCAACAUCCAAACAAUAAAGACAAGACUUUUUAAAAAGUAGCAUUUUCAUUUAUAUAUGCUAUAAAAUUUUAUGUUCAGUGUUACACAAUUUUACAGCAAACUACUGCAGCUCAAUUAAUUUUGUGUAUUCAGUUCAUUUUGAUAUCGGGUUGGAUGGAGAUGGUGUUAUUUAACUUCUGAAGUGGAUAUUUAAUUAAAGGCCUGUUGAAACAGGGUGUGUGUGUCUUUUUGCUAUUGCUUUCAUUCUAACUCAAUACACCAGGAAGCCCCAGGGAAGUAAAUUGAGAAUGCUUCCUCAUCUCAUCUGGCUAGCUCCAGCCCCAUUUCUCUCCCACCUUUUGGGCUGGCAUCUGGAAAACUGGGUAUAGCCAGAGAAAGGCAAUACGUAGAGAUCUGGACCAAGUUUUACAGCAAUGGGUCACUUAACAUAUUAUAUUCCAAUGUGCAUAACUAACCCUUUUUUAAAAAAAAAUGAAAAGCUGCCUCAGGAAAGGAGUGUUCAGAGUGAAAGAGGGAGGGAUGCUUAGUCCAUUCUCCACCUGCCAUGUCUGUGCUGAAAAUCAAAUGCCUCCUUCCCCCAGAGACUUUCUUGUGGAGUUCCACAAGUUUCUUUGUCCUAUCAUACUCAGAAAUUAACCAGAAAAGAGAGAAAAGCCUCUUGAGCAUAGGAAUAAUUUGGUGCAAAUAAAUAGCUGGAUAGAAAAAAUAGUGUCCUCCUGUUGCUGCUUUCCUUUUGGGGAAAAAAUCUGUUUGGGCUCAGUUACAUGCAGUUGUUUGUAAUAUGUAGUUACACAAAAUAUCCAUUUCAUAGAAGAAACACCUGUGAUGUUUCGAGUCCUCCCCACCCCAGACAGGUCUCUUAAUUCCUCAAAUAAGAAAUAAAACAAACAAAGUAGGCAAUACCCCCUAAAAAAAAAAAAAAAGGACAAUGCCUCCCAACAAAACAACCAAGAGAGGGAAAAUAAACUUAACUUUUAAAAAUAAAAAAUUGGUUGGGGAAAGCAUGCCUGAGGGUAUAAACCCUUUAGGAUCUUCCAGUCUUUUUCUGUGCAUAUAUUUGAAUUAAUUCAUGCCCCUUAUUCCUAGAAGUAAGUUCUUUUAAAUUAAUGUUUUUAAACUCAAAUGAAUCAUUCAUAUUGUUUUUUCAAAGUUAUAUUUGAACUUUGCUUCUGUCUCCAUGAAACAUCACUUUUAUUAAUCCUAUGAAAUUCCUGUUCUGAAAUAACAGUGCACUGUGUAAUAAAAAGCAUACUGUUGUUUUCUUUUUAAAACAAAUAGGGGGAGUGCAGCAGUCAGUCAACCGCAGGCAGAGCUGGAAAGGUUCUAAAGAAUCCUUGGUGCCUCAGAGACAUGGUCCUGCAUUGGUAGAUGGCCUGGCAUUUCAUUCCGAGAAUCCCAUUUCUCAGCCUGAUGGAGGAAGACCCUUGUCUGGCUCUGGAAUAACAGGAUUUGCUCAGGCUCAUCCUGGUAAUGGACAAAGAGCAAAUCCGCCACCUCCACCUCAAGUAAGGAGUGUAACCCCUCCUCCUCCACCUCCCAGGGGAACAACUCCACCUCCCAGAGGAACAACUCCACCUCCUCCUUCCUGGGAAACAAAUUCUCAGACAAAACGGUAUUCUGGUAGCAUGGAAUAUAUGAUCUCUCGCAUUUCUCCAGUGCCACCAGGGGCAUGGCAAGAUGGCUAUCCUCCGCAACCUAUAAAUCCAUCAUCGAUGAAUCCUUCCACACAGGGACAAAGAGGUAUUAGUUCUGUUCCUGUUGGCAGGCAACCAAUAAUCAUGCAAAGUUCAGUUAACAAUAAAUUUAGUUUUUCAUCUGGAAGGGCUGGAAUGCAAAAUGGCAAUUGUCAGACUGAUUAUAUUGUUCAUCAGAAUAUUGUGCCUGGUAACUCAGCGAAUCGUCAACCACCACCGCCUUACCCCAUGUCUCCGGCAAGCCAGCAAAGCCCCACACCUUUGCAAAUGCAAGCAGGAGGCUCUGCAGCCCCAUCAUAUCCUAAUGGGAACAUUCCUCAGUCUAUGAUGGUUCCAAACAGAAACAGCCACAAUAUGGAGCUGUACAAUAUAAAUAUUCCUGGAAUCCCAACAUCCUGGCCCCAGUCGUCCUCUGGGCACGAAAUUCCAACUUGGCAACCGAAUAUUCCAGUAAGGUCAAAUUCCUUCAAUAACCCUCUUGGAAGCAGACAAAGCCAUGCUACCAAUUCACAGACUUCUGCCACCACAGUAACUGCUGUUACUCCAGCUCCUAUACAGCAGCCAGUAAAAAGCAUGCGUGUACUGAAACCAGAGCUGCAAACUGCCUUAGCUCCUACUCACCCUUCUUGGAUGUCACAACCAAUGCAGGCUGUCCAACCCAUCUCCUUUUCUGAGGGACCAUGUACAAAUAUGGCAGUCCUGUCACCUGCGCCAGAGGCUCUAACAUAUCAAGGUCCACCACCACCUUACCCAAAGCAUUUAUUACACCCAAAUCCACCUGUCACUCCUUACGAGUCUGUUGCAAAGCCUGGCAAAGAGGAUCAGCCCAGUUUCCCUAAAGAAGAAGAAAGUGAAAAGAAUGAGAACAGCGAGGGAAUGGAUAGAGAAAAGAAGCAAAUAACAACUUCACCAGUCCCUGUUAGGAAAAACAAGAGAGAUGAAGAAAGAAGGGAGUCCCGCAUUCAGAGCUAUUCUCCUCAGGCUUUUAAGUUCUUUAUGGAGCAGCAUGUCGAAAACAUACUGAAAUCUCACCAGCAGCGACUCCAUCGUAAGAAACAACUGGAAAAUGAAAUGAUGCGGGUAAAGCCUUUUAAUUAUUUAAUUCCUAUUUCCGUGUUGCUUCUGUGUGGAAUGUUUUUCAAGCCUUCUGAUUGUAUCAUUGUGUCAAAUCUCUGAGGUGAACUAGGCUGACCUUCAGUGAUUUACUCAUAGCCAAACACUCUGAAUCUGAGAUCUUUCAUACCCAAAUGCCAGGAGCAGCUGGUGUGAUGGGUUAGAACUGUGGAGCCAUCUUCCUGGCAGCACCAGUGCUGCAGCUUACCAGGGCAGUGCUUGGGUGGAGUACCAGAUUGACUUUUUGACACUCCAGUCCAAUGACAUCCAGGUAAGCUGCAGCAGAGUUGGUUUCUGAAGGACAAGUCUGUGGCUCUAGCGUACCACAUCAGCCAUUACUGUUAGAUGCAAUACUAUCAUUUGCCACAGCCCCCCAAAAUUCAUACUUAGAUAAUUGUUGAAUCUGAGUUGCUUCCCUUAUAUGUAUUAUAUCAUGCAACAGUAUCAAGGUAGAUGUGUUGGGUAUUUUGUGUCUAGGAAGAAAAGUUAUAAAAAAUUGUUUCUGAAGUAAUGUUGCAUGAGCAAAAUAUACUUAAGCUCCUGCAAGGAGCUGUUUCAGGUUUUUUGGUCAUUUCCAUAGCAGGCGUUUGUGACAUAUGCUACUAAAUUACCUCUUCUAUGUGCACAGUUGAUGAUAGUCUAGCUCUGUAGGAAUGCAGCAUUUGUUACAGUUCUACAUUUACUCUCUUUUGAAAACUAUAAAUAAAUAAAUAAAUAUUAUACCUAGCAGAUAAAUGGCUUUGAUCCUGAGUUGCUGUUUGACUACCAGAAAUGACUCUGAGCCUAAAAUCCAAGCCUGUAUCUGUACAAUCUCAAAUUCAGUUCCAGAAUAUAUUUGCAGAAUUUAUACUUUCACCUUCAAUUAAAGUCCCAGGGCAGCAUUUCCAGGAUACUGUUUUGUCCUAUGGAUUUUUGUUGUUCACUCUGUUUCUCUCUUUACUGUAGUAGUGGUAGAAUUCAGCCUCAGACCACAGGUGGUGUUACAUAUCUCUUUAUGUAAGCAGUAAGCAUCAAGUUCUCAUGUGAGAUGUAGCAAUUAGCUUUGUCCAAGCAAUUAGCUUUGUUUCAAGCACAAGAGAAUUCUAAUAAGAAUGGCUUAAAGAUCCUAAUGCAGACUUCUUCAACCUCGGCCCUCCAGAUAUUUUUUGACCUACAACUCCCAUGAUCCCUAGCUAGCAGGACCAGUCGUCCGGGAUGAUGGGAAUUGUAGUCUCAAAACAUCUGGAGCUGCCGAGGUUGAGGAAGCCUGUCCUAAUGGAAGGAAUCUCAUUUGCAGGGGGGAAACCCUGAAAAAUCGAAAGCUCUUCUAACAAUCAGCAAUAAUGCUGCUCUAGUCAGGGUAUCAGGCUGGAAUCACAGGAGAGCUUGAAGCUCUCUAGCCAUUGUCUAUACCUUUGUAGGAAAGGCCUACCUUCCUUUAUGAAAACAGGGUUCUUGGUCAAAAAAAGAACCUAUCUCCUUAUGUCUGCUGAAGCCAAGUUGGUGCAUUCAAGAAACUAUAAAAGGAAUGCAUGCAAUCAGGAAGCACUGGAAAAUGGGUAGAAACAAGUGAUCUAAAAAUGCAGUAUGCCGACUUUCAACUUUAUUGCUCAGAAGAGAAACAAAUUGUUGAUGCCAUGAGAGUUGGGAAUGGGGAAGUUGGAAACUUAUUUAUAUGUGCCCAACCAAGGAUAUACACAAGUGUAGUCAGAAGCAGGCAGCUUCCCUAGGAAUGUGCCAAAGAGAUUAAGUAUUAUUUUCCGCAAACUCUAGCAACACUGAUUCUGCUAGGACCAUUACUUCUAAAUCUGAGCUUUGCAGCUAUUUUUUGUGGCAGACAUGGGCCUAGAAGUAAGUAACUCAGUAGACUGAGAGAUUUAAUAAAUCCUGUGAUGAAUACAGGCUAACAAGAUAUAAGGGUUUUCCUUAAUCUUGCUAAUUUUAUGUUAAGCUAUUUGAUGGAAUGUAAAAGGCCUCUUUGAAAGAAAACAACAACUGUAUACGCUCCAAAAUUAUGUGACGUAGGAAGGAACUGUUUUAAUCAGUUGUGAGUUCUUUUGAUUUGUUACAGACAGGCAUAUUUUGACAAAGCAGUGGAAUUGCCUUUAUUACCUGUGUUAAAAAUAAGCAUUGGAAUUUCAGCUGCAUGUUAUUAAUUUCUAGUUUACACUUUCACUGGAAUCAAGGGUGAACCACCUUUCUCUGCUUCUGUGACAUUCUUUAGAAGUGCAGUUUUGUUUUCAAAAAAUAUCCCUGUUAAAUUGUAUCUUUAUGUAAUAGUAAGCUAACUGAUGUGUAAAUCAAAUUCCAGUUCUUGCUUUUUCUACAUGUUCAUUCUUAGUCUCUUUCCUUUUCACUUUCACUAACAGCUGAUUUAACUAUUAAGGUGUUGGAACCUUUCCUGACAUCUCUACCCUUCGUUACUGGGUAGGCAAGUAAUAUUUUGGAGACAAGUGUUGCAUUUACAGAAUAGCAUGGACUCUUUCUUAGGGACCCUGCAUGCUUACUUGCAUUUGAAUUAAGCAUGUAUUCUUUCACCGUACUUGAAUGUAUUUAUAUCAGAUUACUAAUCUUCCUUCCUUUUCCUGUUUUAUAAAAUUAUUUAUGGUCUGCAGUAGCACAGGGAUAAUGAUACAAUUAAACUUUUGUAUUUUACUUAAUUCUUUUUUUUUAAAUAAAAAACCAAGUUCUAAUUCCCUAUUCUCUCAUUAAAUAUUUCUUAAAACAUAGUCUCCUUCAGGAUUGUCAAGUCAGAAAAAUUGGGGGGAAACCUGAAUACUGGAGGUAGAAGCUCCUACACUUUCCAGAGUCUGCAAAAAAAGCAAACCUCUAUUUUACUCUCCUUGCUGAAAACUAAUCUGAUUUGGCUUGGUUUCAAACGGAAUAGGAAAGGAUAGGGGAAAAUCCUGCAUUCUUAUAUGGUUAUUGCUGUACUUUUAAUUUAAUGUAACAUCCUCCCAAGACCAUGAAGCUCUUAUUUUCAUUUCGGAAGCUGCAAAUCUUCAAACGCCACCACAACCCGACCCCGCCCUUCCUUCUCGAGAUGAAGCAUUUUUAAGCUAUUGAAGCAAUGACUCCCAAGUUCCAGUCCCCUAUUCCCUCAUUAAGUAUUUCUUUAAAAAAUCACAACAGCAAGUGCAGAAGGGGGAGGAAAAAAACUCAAUACUGGAGAGGCAGGAGCUACUACUUAUAGAGAGCCUGCAAAAAAUUAAAACCCCAGCAAGCCUCUAGUUUACUCCUUGCUGAAAGAAAUUGAUCAAGCAAGAAUAAUGAGAGAAAAAAUCCUGUAUUCGCUCAGAACCUGAGAGUACAGUGCUGAUAACCCCACGGUCGCAAAUUCAAUCCCCAUAUGGGGCAGCUGAAUAUUCCUGCAUUGCAAAGACUAGAUGACCCUCCUUAUUUUAUUUGCUAAAGCAUUAUAAUCUAGAACCAAACCCUAGAGCUUUGCUUUCCUAGCAGAAGCUAUUCAAACCCCGCCAGCACCCAACCUCCACCCUUUCUCCCUGCAGCAAGAAAAUCUAUUUUACUUAAUUCUGUAUACUUAAAAGUGGCUGGUUUAUUUAGUACUUUCAUUACUUAUUUUGCCAGACACUUAUUUGUAUAACUUUCCACCCUCCUUUUCUUCUAAAGAUUGUGUUCAACACAAUUAUAAAUUGAGUCCUUUAACAGUGAAGGGUAGAAAGUCACAUGGGAAGAAAUAGUGCAGUUUCUUUAGUAAGAUUUGAAUCCUGACAGGAGAAGACUACUUUUCUUGUCAUGUAAAUAGAAGAAAUGUGAAUGAGAUCUAGCUUUAGCUGACUAUUAAGAACAUUUCUAUGAAGGAAAGUAGUCAUAGCCAUCCUGUCCCCUACUCUUAGCAGUAACAGAAUGUUGUGUUCAGCUUGCCUAUUUUCAUCAGUCAAGACCCUCAUCAAACCAAUUGUCCUUAAAUCCUGAGCCUCAUUGUGCAUGGCUCUUAGUGUAUGGCUUUGUUAUAAUCACUCCUUUUAACCAUCCCUGAAUACUACAUUUUGUGUCAUAUUUGUUCUGAAGUGUUUUCAUUGGCUCCUAACAUAUUGCAAUACAGAAAUUAAAACAAUAAAAAAUGGAGGCAUUAUUCCCUAUUUAAGGACUGGUGCUUUGCUUGUCCUAAACCUGAGUUUGUAGACAUUUUCCAUGAGCAAUUCUUCAUUUUUUUCACUUGUCAAAUUUCAUAUUUGUUGCAUAGGUUGGGUUAUCCCAAGAAGCCCAGGAUCAAAUGAGGAAAAUGUUAUGCCAAAAGGAAUCUAACUACAUCCGUCUGAAACGGGCAAAAAUGGAUAAAUCAAUGUUUGUUAAGAUUAAGACCCUUGGAAUUGGGGCAUUUGGAGAGGUGUGCUUAGCAAGAAAGGUGGAUACAAAUGCCUUAUAUGCAACAAAAACUCUACGUAAAAAGGAUGUGUUACUUCGGAAUCAGGUUGCUCAUGUUAAAGCUGAACGGGAUAUUCUUGCAGAAGCUGAUAAUGAGUGGGUAGUUCGUUUGUACUAUUCAUUCCAAGAUAAAGACAAUUUAUACUUCGUUAUGGACUAUAUUCCAGGAGGAGAUAUGAUGAGUCUGUUAAUUCGAAUGGGGGUCUUCCCAGAAAAUAUGGCCCGGUUCUACAUAGCAGAACUGAUCUGCGCAGUUGAAAGUGUCCAUAAGAUGGGAUUCAUUCAUAGGGACAUAAAACCAGAUAAUAUUCUGAUUGAUCGUGAUGGCCACAUCAAAUUGACUGACUUUGGGCUUUGUACUGGCUUUCGGUGGACACAUGAUUCCAAAUACUACCAGAGUGGUAAGAGAAAUGUUUGCAAUAAUGGCAUUUUGUUACUGCAUAUUAGCAUAUAUAGUAGCAGCGUUUACUUGUAUUUACUAGCAGGUUUUCCACAUUGCUGCCUGAUUGAGCACCAUAACAUUUUGUGAAGUCAUUAUCAAAGCAGAGAUAGUCUCAAUCACCCAUUAUAUAAUAUUAGAUGACUUUUGUAAUCUUGUCCCACUUCAAAAAAUAUUAAUGACUAUUGUGAAAUGACAUCAUUUAAAAUAUAUAUACAGCAAAGAUGAGCAAGGUUUUGCUUCCCAGUCACCCCCUUCACAAUUGCUUCUAUUGGUUUGCAAAAUGUUUUCUGUUGCAGGUGACCACCCACGUCAGGACAGCAUGGAUUUCAGUAAUGAAUGGGGAGAUCCAGCAAGCUGUAGAUGUGGAGACAGGUUGAAGCCACUCGAACGUAGAGCAGCACGUCAGCACCAGCGCUGUCUGGCACACUCAUUAGUUGGGACACCAAAUUAUAUUGCACCAGAAGUAUUGCUGCGGACAGGUAAAUGUUUCCUUUUGUUCCUUGGCAAAGUAAUUUGGUGCUAGUUUCUGAAAAUGAUUACCCAAAAACACAAACUGGUAUAAUAAGGAAGCACCGCUAUAAUACAGGACUGUAUACAGUGAUACAAAUGACAAUUUAUGGUGCUAUAUUUUGUAACACAACAUAGUGUAUCAAUGUGAAGAACUCUUCAUCCUAAUAGGGGAAGAUCACAGUUAUCCAACAUUGUAUAGAUUCCUCUGCUUGUGGUAAAGUACACCUGGAUAGAAAAAGCACCUAUUUUUAAGGUAGCUUCUCAUUUCAGCUACAAAUGCAAACAUGAACAAUGAAGGUUUUCCCCUGUUUGGUGAGCCUACCAUUUUUUCAAAAUGUUUUUAUCAUACAGGUAACAUUGUAAUACGACUGUACUGUGACACUUUAUGGUCUUAAAUUUUGUAUUAUUGUGCUAUGUGUGAUAGAGCUCCUGACUUUUAACAGUCCUGCUGCAUAAUAAUUAGAUUAGACUUCCAUUUGUAUGCUGCCUUUCCACAAAACAAAUUAUGUUCAAUAACAUUUCAGCAAUAAUUUAUAUAAGCAUUGAAUACAGCAACAUUUCUGAAAUGAAUCAAGCCAAACUGCAUACACAUUAAAGUGCCACAUGCAAAAGCAUCACUAACCAUCAGCCCAUUUUUAAAAUAAAUAAAGUUACAUGCAGUAGAAAAUUGAAAAACAUGGCAAUUAAAAAAAAUAGCUGGUGGUUAAAUCUAGAAUUUUUAUUGAAAUAUUGAAUUACUGAGUUUUCUUUUGUUUCAGGAUAUACACAGCUGUGUGACUGGUGGAGUGUUGGGGUGAUUCUCUUUGAAAUGCUAGUUGGACAACCUCCCUUCCUGGCACAAACACCAUUGGAAACACAGAUGAAGGUAUUAGAGGAAAAUCUACUUUUGAAUGUGUUUCAGAAAUGUUUCUUCACUUGUUCGUGAGGGUAGGUGUUUUAUUACUGAAACAGUCUUCUAAUUUUGUUGCACUUGUUUGUGUUUUUAAUCUAAAGGUUAUCAAUUGGAAAACAUCACUGCACAUUCCACUGCAAGCAAAACUAACGCCAGAGGCAUCUGACCUUAUUAUUAAGCUCUGCCGUGGGCCAGAAGACCGCUUAGGCAAGAAUGGUGCAGAUGAAAUAAAAGCACAUCCGUUUUUUAAAUCUAUUGAUUUUUCAAGUGAUCUGCGGCAGCAACCUGCUUCCUACAUCCCUAAAAUUACGCAUCCCACAGACACAUCAAAUUUUGAUCCAAUUGACCCAGAUAAAUUAUGGAGUGAGGAUAAGGAAGGGAAUGUAAAUGACACACUUAAUGGGUGGUAUAAAAAUGGCAAACAUCCUGAACAUGCUUUUUAUGAAUUUACAUUUCGAAGGUUUUUUGAUGACAAUGGUUACCCUUACAGCUAUCCCAAGCCUAUUGAAUAUGAAUACAGUAAUUGUCAUAGAUUGGAGUCAGAAUCAGAUGAAGAUGAGGAGAGGACCAGAAGAGAGGCCCAAAAUCAUGAUCUAGUUUAUAUUUAG